AUCAUCUUCAAUCUGUCCAAGGACACUCAACAGUCGAAUCCGUCUCUCCUUCACACUCGCGACAUCUCUGCGACUGCGACCAUCUCCACCGCUCAAAACCUCCCGCAAACCGCUAAUCACACCGUCUCCGAUGGAAGACAUUGAUGCUGUCCAAAAACCAGUUGUUGUCGACCCUCCUUUACACAACGAAGCUCCUCCUUCGACUGCUCAGCGCCGGCCGGUGGUUGUCGCCGCCGACGCAGCUCCACCGGCGGAGUUUCAUCUCAUUCAGCGGAUUCAACGAGCUCUUGUGGAACUGCGCGAGUUGAGGAACCAGUUUAAUGCUAUUCUUAGGGAAAUAGAACUCGAAGUGGGAGGAGGAGGAGGAGGAGGAGGAGAAGAAGAGGGCGCGGAAUCAUCAGUGGAGGAUCCAGAGGACGACUCUGAUUCUUAGUUUAUUUUGUAGAUGUUUUGUGUUUCAAAUCUCUCUGUCCUGAUGAUUCUUUUGUUCAAAGACUCUACUCUAGCUUAUGGUAGCUUUGUCUCUUUUAAGCCUAGAUUAUCAAAACUAGUAGCCUUGUUACUCUCUUGUUUUUAAACUGAGAAUCUUGGUCCAAAUUCAACCGAUUCAACGCUUUA